UCUUUCAGAUCCCCUGGCCACUGGACAAAAUUUGUAAAAAAUGUGGUUAAUCCGGACAAAAUGCCACCCUGGUUCCUGCUGAAUGUAAUCACUUGCCCCCUGUGUGCCGAGCAGCUCCAUUCAGCCACGAGCAGUUGCAGGAUGGCGAUGGGUCAAAUUAAGAUUGAUUGACAGUGGACUCCAGCCAUUCACAAGUGGAUUCAGGCUGUCAAUCAGUGAGGAGCCGCUGCUAAGAUGUCCCUUCCAGUCCAUUGGGAACAGAAAUCCGAGGGAGAAGGUGCUAAAAUCUGUCCUCUGCUGGGCAGGAAGAGACCUGAAGCUCAGACACCUUCUCUUCACUCACAGACUCACAAGUCAAGAAGCGAUAACAAGAUGAACAAACUUGUUGUCUAUGAACAUCCCGAUUUUAAAGGGCUUUCCCAAGAGUUCACUGACGAUGUGCAUGAUCUGGUUGCACUGAGCUUUGACAAUACCAUCUCAAGCUUGGAGGUGUUUGGCCAACCCUGGAUCUUGUAUGAACAUCAGUUCUAUCGUGGAAAUGUCCGUGUGUAUGAAGAAGGUCGCUAUAAUUUUACCAAGGGCUUCAAUGAUGUGAUCUCGUCAAUGAAACUGAUCCAAGAUAACCUGAGCAAUCCUCGCAUAAUUCUGUAUGAACAUAUCAAUUAUCAAGGCAUAUCCAGAACCUUCACCCAAGAAACCAACCUUACUUUUGGUGACAUGAAUGACAAAGCUUCCUCCCAUGUUGUCCAGGGUGGGGUUUGGGUUCUCUAUGAACACCCCAACUGUGAGGGGCACAGGAUCGUGGCUAAAAAGGGUGAAUGUGUCCCUGAUUACAGAUCCCUGAAUUUCAAUGAUCGUGUAUCCCACAUCCGCCCUCUGAAGUCCGGGAAGCCUACGAUUAAAAAGGUGACGAUCCUUUGGGAUGAAGCGAAGACAGAAUCAAAGCAGCAAACAAUUGAUGAAAUUAUCAGUGAAAAUCAAACCCCCCACGAGCAAGCUUUCACAGCCGGCCAGUCCAUAUCUAAGGAAGUGACCAUUUCCCAGUCUUUAACCUUCAGUCAAUCCAGUCAAAUCACCCUUGGCAGCACCUUCAAGAUAUCAUCUGGAGUGGAUAUGUUUGGUAUCCAAGCUGACAUGAGCCUUGAGCUGAAAAUGGAGCUUCAGUUAGGAUUCCAAGUGGAAAAGGGCAAAGCAGAAUCUAAGACCACAACCAUCAAACGUGAGUUCACUCUCCCUGCCAAGGUCCCUCCCAAGACAAGGCUGAAGAUUCGUGUGGUUCAGGAGCAGGUUACCUACGAUCUUCCUGUAGAGAUGGAGGUGUGGAUAGGAUCGGAGAUGAAACGAGAGAUGGCAAAUCUGCGCUGCAAUGAUGGGAGUAAAAUUACCCUCAAUUAUAGCUCAGAUCAGCUGUAAUGCUCUGCGCUUGUUGACCCAUGGUUUGCUUGCAAUAUUCUGGCUUAAUUGUGAAGUACAGCUUUGCCUGAGGCUAUGUUGCUGUUGUUGACAGUUAACACUUUGCAUGUGAUUCAGUCAGAUGUGGAUUAAACUGAACGAAAAGGAAGAGUGAGAGAGUGAGUGAGAGAGAGAGGAAGAGAGAGAGAAAGACUGAAAGAAUAGCAAAACUGAGAAAGGAUGAAAAACAGAAUGGAAUAAAAAUAGAAAGUAAGAGAAAAUGAAUAAGAAACGGAAGGAGAGAAAGAGAAAACGUUGAGUUACACAUUAUAUUACUAUCGCUCCUUGCUCCUCUAAUGAAGCAUUUAUCUUAAUCCAAAUUCCCUUCUCCACAUAAUCACGAACACACUUAAUUCCAUUUGUAGCACUCCAACAGCCACCCUUGACAACAACAACAACAAAGAGAACAGAAGAGGAGGAAAGAAAAAGAGAGGCAUAGAAAGUAAAAGGGAGAGAGACCAGAAAGUAUAAAUGAAAAAGAAAGUGAGAUAGAAUAAAGGGAGGAA